AUGGUCCAAUCGGCGCUUCUAUUGGCACCCACAUUACGUUCAUAUCCUUUUGUUUACGGAGCUCAUACAUCAUCAGUCAUAACUCCUGUACAACAACAAUAUCACACUCAAGAUGAGUUGGGCCAAUAUGCAUACGGUUACAGCGAUCCGUUGUCCGCGAAGCAAGAAGUGCGCUCUUUAGAUGGCGUUACCCAAGGCUCGUAUUCCUACAUCGAUGCUGAAGGCAUAUUACAAACAGUUGAUUACACAGCCGAUGAGAAUGGGUUUCGUGUCGCAGCCACGAAUCUACCAAAAUCUCAACAAAGCACAAACUAUCAUACAGCAGCAGCAACGACAAUUGCCAUUCCCGUUGCCUCAAUUUCCGAUACCUCAGCUGCCUCUGUGGCCAUUCCCACUGCCGCAACUACCGCAAUUGCCGCAAAUACCGAUAGUGAAUCAAUUAACGCAAUUAAUACGUCUGGUCCGGCGAUUCAUACGACAAGCGGGCUGCGUUUGGCGAGCGGUUCAGCCACUCACUCAAAAUCUACUGCAGAUACAACCCAUGUUCGCACUUUGGAAUUGUCUCAGUCCGUGGCAGAUACCACUAAGGUGGCCCCAGCCAGCACCGUUCUCAUAAAAGGUCAACCUCGUGAACUGAUCUUCUCAACACCAGUUACUAUCGCCGGCUAUCCAUCUGCCAUUACAAGAUCCUUAAUACCGAAAGUUUAUACUUUUGGAUAUCCACUUAAGCAUCGUCUUUACACCACUGGUUUAUAUUAUUAA